GGUGCAUGAUGCAGUGUCUUCGCCACAGCCUGUGACAGGUCAUUGCUGUAAACUCUUGUGAACAUGGUACUUCUCUAGUGCCGGACUCUGCUGCUGCCACGAUGUCUUGUUUGGACCCUCAUCUCUCUCAGCACAGUUGAUGCCAUCACAGCAGGCGAGCUACAGCUCCUACAGGCUGGAGGAUGGGGAAUAUGAUGCGAGGUGUGAGCGCCACCGACAACGUCAAAAAGAACAAUUAUGACAGCUCUGUAAAGGGUUUGGAGGACGACAUGGUGGUGGUGCUCCAGGACUACCCGUCUGCUGAAAUCAGCGAGCCCAUCUACAGGAUGGGGGAGAAGCUCAGACUCAUUGCUCAGGAGGCUUACUGGUGGAGAGUUCGCUGUGUCCAAACAGGAAAGGAGAACUACAUACCAAACAGCCAUGUGGCAAAAGUGUACCAUGGUUGGCUGUUUGAAGGGGUGGAGAGGCAGAAGGCUGAGGAGCUGCUCUGUCUACCUGGAAACAGAGUGGGCUCCUUCCUGGUGCGGGAGAGCACCAGAGAGAGGGGUCUGUAUUCGCUGUCGGUGAAGCACAGGAUCGUAAAGCACUAUCGCAUCUUCAGACUGGAAAACAGCUGGUACUACAUCUCCCCUCGCCUCACUUUCCAGUGCCUCGAGGAUAUGAUCAACCACUACUCUGACUUUGCAGAUGGCCUAUGCUGUGCUUUAACCUCCCCCUGUCUGUCGGGCACAACCCCGCCACCAGAUGCAACCCCAGAAGCUCCUCCUGUAGUCAUGAGACGCAACUUUGACUGGAAGAAACUAGACAGGAGACAGCUGGUCAGCACAGAGAGCUGCAAUGACAACAUGGUGAGCUACGGCGUGAGGAACAGCAUCUCAGCCUACCUGUCCUUUUCUGGGAAUCAAAACUCCGCACAGAUGAGAGCGGAGAGCAGGAAGAAAAAGAGUAAAUCUGUUUAUACAGUCCCUGAAAACCACCUCGCAAACAUUGACUAUGCUGAUGACUUCUAGAGAGAGCAGUGGGGUCCAAAAGACUGGAAUACCUUCAAGUGGAGGGCAGUAGAGGGCAUCCUUCUCUAAAAUCCGCCACAUCUCUAAUGUCGGCAGUGGGCUGCACUGAGCCGACAUUUGUGUUAAGCAUCCCAAACAUCGAAGUGUGUUAUAGUUUCUAAUGUGAGCACUUUGAAGUACUUUAACAAUUAUGCAAAUUGCAUGAACACUUACAAGUUGGAUCAGCUGAUGAGGACUAUAUUGAGUUCAACUGGAUGAUGUGCAAUUGAACUGUGAUGUGUGUUCUGCACGGAAAAACAAACAACCUGGCAUUAAGAUGGUAAAGAAGAGACUUGAAUGCUGUGGGUACUGUUGGGUAAUAUUAAUGUAUAUAAAGGCACUCAUGCCUUUCAAACUAUUUCCCUGUGAUCAAAAUAAAUGUUAUAAAAUAUAUUUUGACACCAACUUUGAAUUUAACUUUUUUAUGGCCACUUUUAUUUUACCUUAUUAAGUUGAUAAAUGUUAGCAGAGAAUGGGUUAUAUACAAAUCCACCACAUACAGAGCAACAUUAGCCAUAAUUUGAAGUUGCGCUCUGUUUGUGGUCUCCACCAACUCGUUACGGAAAUAUCUGGCUCUUCAGCUGUUAAAUGCUAGUGCUUGAAGGUAGUGUACAGGGGGAUUUUAGAGCAUUUUUAAAAAUAAAAGACAGCUUCCCACAGUGGCUGGACAUUGUGGGAGUGAACAAAAAUAGUUGGGGACGAGAAAACCAGAACAAUGAAUUAAAAGAAGCUAAAAUGGGAACAGGACCUUAUGUUAGGUCUCCGUGGGUUUCUCACUAUGAAUGACCCCUUUCACAUUACAGGUAGUCAUUUGAUCCAUUCCUUAUACAGAAAAAUUGAUCAGAGCAGCUUAAAAGUCUUCAGUAUUUGGUCCAGAGGAAGUGAAUAUCAUCAAUCAUGAGAAAACUUCACUGAUGGGUUCACAAAGAGGAACAACCGCUUGUAGAAACAUACCACUUUUACAAUUCCGUGCACCGUGUUUAAUGCAGUUAUACAUAUCUACUACAUCUACAUAAAGUACUGAAGAAUCCAUUAGCAUUUGUGCGUGAUGGUUGUAAUUUCCAUUGACACGCUUUGGCAAAUAAAGCACAGAUCUCUAAAUCUGA